UUGCAGCCUCCUCCUUCCUCCGUCCAGGCCGCGGCUACGAGUUCUUCCGACUGGCCGGCCGGAGAGUUUCUCAUCUCAUCGUCUAAUCGUCGGAGAGAGUGGUCCAUCAGUUGCCUUCCCGCGUCUGAAUUUCUCGUACAAUCCCUGUGGCCUGUGCCUACAAGAUGGAGAGGAGAGCGGCGAGGAGAAGCUCCGCCCACCACAGCCGAAUGCAGAUGCCGCCGGCGCCGGUGGGGCAGAAGCAGCACCAGCAGACGCAGACGCAGCGCCGCGGGGGGUCGAAGAGCUGCCAGAGAACGCCGCCGCCGCCGGGCUGCUUCACCAUCCAGCUGCUCAUGGUGUUCCUCUGGGUGGCCGCGUCGCUCGCCUUCCUGCCGCUCCUGCUGCCGCCGCUACCCCCGCCGCCGCUCUCGCUGCUGCUGCUGCCCGUGUGCCUGCUCGCCGUCCUCGCCGCGCUGGCCUUCGUCCCGCUCGACGCCCACAGCAACGUCGUCGGCGGCGGCUCGUCUUGUUUGUAGAGAGGCUGCAUUUUCUUUUCCGUGUCGGUCAGAGCUAGUUGUUUCAGAUCUAGCCUGUAGUACAAACUGUGAACCUUUUUUUAAGAUUAGGAUUAGGAUUAGGAUUAAUUAACAGAGGACUACUUUUUGGCUUUGUAAUCACUUGAAUUCGGGCAAUGUCAAUUGAGAUCUCACGGUAUUUAUGCU